GUAAUGAUAACUCAAAAAGCCAUCAAUUUGCCUUUAAGAUGUCGAACCGCCCGAUUCAAAGAAGAUUUGAAGAUGGUGUGCUGAAAGAAGGAUGGACAGGUAGACGAGGUAGUUCUUUCUGUUUGACAAUUACUGGCCAUAGAUCUUUCCUUAAUUUCCUAGAAUGGCUUGAUCUUAGUAGAUCUUUCAGUAAAUCAUUUUAAUUACCCAUGCGAAAAAUAAGAGAAAAUAAGUUUUCUCUACUCUUAUUGACAAAUGCCCAAGAUUUUUCAUUUGUGAUUCAUUCAUCAAUAUUCCACCUUGUCUUUGUGUUUCAUUCAUAACUUUCGUUGCUUAAAAUUGCUAACUUGAAAUUGGUUCUGUAAUACAUUCAUCUGAAAAAGGUGUCUCAACCGUGGCCAGUAGCUUGUUCUGAUAGAUGCUGCCAAAGGAGAUCCACCAGAUUUGAUCAAAUACGGAGCAGUCUUUGUUGUCAUCUCGUCUUACAUGAACGUCGGGUGUGAGGGGAUGAGUUAUUGUUGCCCAGAGACUCGGCAGAGAGCGGACACAAACUGCGGCGUAGGCGGCAACAGCAAAUUGUGCAGACAUGGAUCACAUAGCCACUCAAGCAACCCAAACAGCUCAGGUUCUGGUAGAAUUUUUAGAAGUGGCCAUCAACUCCGUUAUCUUCCUCAAAGGCGUCUACCCGACUGGUUUCAAGUGUCAGGGGCAUUUGAGAGGCGGCGAUACCUGAAUGUAGUGGUUCAUAAAUCUCGCCAUCCUGAGCUUAGGGACUAUAUUCACUCCUCUGUCAAUGGCCUCCUUCCUUUCAUCCAAAAGGGGGAGGUGGAGAGAGUUGCAGUAAAUUUUUUUGAUAACCAAAAUGUUCCAAUAGAGAGGUUUGUUUUUAAGAUAGAUGUGAAGCAGUCUUAUGGUUCGAGUGUGGAAGAAGAAGGGGCUGCUGCUGCUGCUGACCUAGAACUCUCAUUUAGGUCUUUCUUGAUUAAGCUUGCCAGUUCAUAUUCUCUGACUCACACUCUUCCUCCUGAUUGCAGGUGGGAAAUAACUGGUUACUUUCGAGCUCUACCAGAUAGCCGUAGUAGUGCAAGUAGAAUAUGGGUUUCCACAGGCACCAAACAGUGGCAGCAACCACCUGUGAUUAUGCCAAUCAAGUCAAUGAAGAGUGAAGCGCUUGUGCUGCAACUCUAUCUAGAACAUCCCCCAACUCCCCUCCAUCAAAAUUUUUCACUUUCCUAAGACUUGAUCUUGAAUCUUUCCCAGUGGUUGAGCUAAGGGCUUCUCUCGACAUAUAUGAAUGCAAGACAAGAUGUUUGAUGGAGAUUUUGUUAAGCUGAUAUUUUAGAAACUUUAUGAAGCGCACAUUACAUGAAAGCUAGCAACUGUGAUUUUUAUAUUGAAAAUUUUGACAAUAAUAAUCUCACUUUUACUUAAUCUCAAAAUAAUUCCAC